AUGUUGUUUCAUAUCGUUCUUGCGGACCAAGAUGCGUGGUUUUCAACUUUGCACAUCACGGCACUCAAUACUGCCCAUACUCUUGCAGAAGCAAGCCAGAGAAUCAAGUAUAAGGAUAUAGAUAAGCACUUGUACAAACCUGAUUCUUAUACCAAUGUCGUGCGAAAUUUGUCCGGCCUCUUCUUUGUCAUCAGAGAGGAUUACGUUUAUUUCAUCCACCCAACCGCCCGAGAGUUUCUAUUGAUCAAUAAUGGCAGUUCUGACCGUCGAGCUAACCACCAAUGGAAAGGUAGGGUGAACAUGGAAUAUGCUCAUGGCUUGAUGUGGAGCAUUUGUCUUUCAUUUUUACCGCUUUGUCCCGAUCAUUUGGUAGAGACAGUGACCAAGGCAGUCGAACCAUGGACUGCGAAACAGCCAGAGAAGGAAACGAAAGUGCUCAAGCGGCUGAAUUAUCCAUUGUGCAUGCAAGAACGUAUUGCGUGAGAACUUGGAGUCAGUGUGUCAGUACAUCCCCGAGGACUUGAUACCUCCUGACACCAAUUUGCCCUCAGACAGAAGGCGUCAAGAACUCUGUGCAGUGAUUGCCUAUGGCCUUGAUUCAGUGUUCUCUCACAUACUUCGACAUGAAAAGCUCACUUAUGAUGAAUUGAUUUAUGGUUUACAAUUAGCCUGUUAUCGUGUAUGACCACAAUUGGUUCAGACACUCAUUGAAC